CCAACAGGCAGUCUCUUCAGUUCAGCCGUCGACUGCGGUUCGUUGUCUUGUUUGCCAGUCUUCCCCGUUUUGUUGAACCGCAUCCUAUAACCAACAAUGGCGGCCAGUAACGGUGCUUCCAAAAUGAGUCAACAGGGACCAGCUUUUGACUCCAAUGCGAUGACGCUAACGCGUUUCGUGUUGCAGGAGCAGCGUAAGUUCAAAGGUGCCACUGGCGAUCUGUCCCAGCUGCUCAACUGCAUCCAAACUGCCAUCAAAGCAACUGCCUCGGCUGUCCGAAAGGCAGGAAUCGCCAAGCUCCAUGGAAUCGCCGGGGACGUAAAUGUCCAGGGUGAGGAAGUCAAGAAACUGGACGUCCUCUCAAACGAGCUGUUCAUCAACAUGCUCAAAUCCUCCUACACCACAUGUCUCAUGGUUUCCGAGGAGAACGAGAAAGUGAUCGAGGUGGAAGUGGAGAGACAGGGAAAAUACAUUGUGUGCUUUGAUCCUCUGGACGGAUCCUCCAACAUAGACUGUCUGGUGUCGAUCGGAUCGAUCUUCGCCAUUUACCGCAAGAAGAGCGAUGGACCACCCACCGUGGAGGAUGCCCUCCAGCCUGGAAACCAGUUGGUUGCUGCAGGAUAUGCCCUCUACGGUUCAGCCACUGCCAUUGUCCUUGGUCUGGGAUCCGGAGUUAAUGGUUUCACUUAUGAUCCGGCGAUCGGAGAGUUCAUCCUGACCGAUCCCAAUAUGCGAGUGCCCGAGAAGGGAAAGAUCUACUCGAUCAACGAGGGAUAUGCCAGCGAUUGGGAGGCGGGUGUCUUUAACUAUGUUGCAGCCAAAAAGGAUCCCUCUAAGGGAAAGCCCUAUGGAGCACGUUAUGUUGGUUCCAUGGUGGCCGAUGUCCACCGCACCAUCAAAUACGGAGGAAUCUUCCUGUACCCGGCCACAAAGUCAGCUCCCAAUGGAAAACUUCGCCUGCUCUACGAGUGCAAUCCAAUGGCCUAUCUGAUGAUUCAGGCUGGUGGACUGGCCAGCGAUGGAAAGAUCAGCAUUUUGGACAUUGUGCCCAAGAACAUUCACGAACGCAGUCCCAUUUUCCUGGGUUCCAAGGCCGAUGUGGAAGAAGUGCUUAGUUACUUGAAGUGAUUUUUGUAAUAUCCGUAAUUUAUAAAUAAAGGAGAUCUUAUUUUUUACUAUAUAAUCAUGUCCCUCCAAGAAUACACCUAAAUUAAAUUGUCUAAUGAUCAUUGCUGCUAAAAGCAGGCUCAAGUACUAAUAUCACUUCCCGGAUUACUAUCUUAAUGUAUUAUGAAUUGGCCCAGUAACAUAAGUUACCAGGCCUUUGUAAAAAUUAGUUUAGACUCAUUAGAGUGUUCCUCUCCACGGAAAUCUUUAGUAAAAGGCGAAAGAUUUAUUCGACAAUUGAAGAGAAACCAGAGUGAAUUCAUCCAUCCAGCUCUAUGCCUAUAUCUUUAUUCUAAGCAAGAACUGCUUGGGAAUUAUAGGAGAGACAGAAGAAAAUUAUUGAAUGGUGGUGGUUUUAUUACAGUUAGCUACCUGAAAAGGGUACAAUAUACCUAGAUCCGUAGGGAGUUCUAAGGUUUAAAUUUGACACAAAUGUUGUUUAACUUGAAAAAAGAAAUCAAUAACAAGUUCGGUCUUGGUUAAUUUAUUAUGAAAUUUUAUUUAGCAACGCUGUUUUCUUUAUAAGUCAUGUUUUCGCAAACAAUUUUGUCUUAUACCUUUUAAAAACAUUCACGAUGAGGACUUUUUCUCUGAUAGUUGCUUUGGUUUUCUUAUCAACAACUCAAGCCGCCUUUUUCUGCAGUGAGAUCCCGGUGCCGGGAUGCAUCUCUGCCCAGUCCAGUAGCGUUACCGAGACCUCACCUAGCGAGUAAAACUGCAAAUAAUAAAGUUGAAAAAUCACUCCUAAAAGCA